AGGUGUGAUUUCUCGCCGCUGGAAUACCGGGAGUUUGUCCAUUCAUUUGUACUGGAGCGGAAGCGCGGACGCUGAGGCCUCGGCGCUGGGACUCGGGGGUCCGGUAACGAGCCCCGACUCUAUAACGGACUUUACCGGCUGAAACUGACAGGUUUAUGAGCGUAUCGUUACAUAUCGGCUCUACUGACGGAUCCAAAGCUCAGAACUUGUCUGUGUAGUGAGUUAAAGGGACCGACUAGUGAGUGUAGUGAGUUAAAGGACCGACUAGCCGCUAGCUCGCAUGCUAACUGACCGGUUCAGUAAUAAUGAGCAGUUAGCUGGCGGAAUUAGCGUCUCGGGCUACAUCACUAGAUGAGUUCGUGACGGUUCAUGUACAUGAAACCGAUACGUAGCUGUCAGUUUUUAUGGAGCCUUUGAUUAGACGGAAGCGGUAGGUGACGUCGUGGUCGGUAGUUAGCUGGAUUAAGUGAACCGUGCGCGCGCGCGCUCCCGUACCGUGUCCGAAUGAGUGUGCGCGCAGACGGAGCCCCGUUCCUCAUGUUGGCUGGUUAGCUUAAUAAACAGUGACUGUCUGUCUACUCAGCGAGCACCGAGACCAAUUUAUCCGGUGUCUAAGCCCCGUCUCACUGGUCUUUUAGAUGCAUCACUGAGGACGGUGUGAAUUUCACAGGAACUGACUUUUGGGGCUCGGCACUGAGCGCGGUGCAUCAUGGGAAAUACGGUGUCUUGCUGCGUGUCUCCCAGCGGAAGUCCGAAACUCCCGCGACCCACAGAGCGCCUCGAGGAUUACCAGUUACAUGCGGACCUGAGUGAAGACACCGGGCCGUACCUGCAGCAUAUAAGCGACCGGGAACUGCCUGAUGAUCUAGCUUUAGAGUCCAAUCCUUCAGACCACGCUCGUGCUAGCACCAUCUUCCUCAGCAAGUCGCAAACAGAUGUCCGGGACAAGCGGAAAAGCAACCAUAUAAACCAUGUCUCUCCUGGUCCCCUAUCCAAAAAAUACAGCUCGUGCUCGACGAUAUUCAUCGACGAUAGUACAGUCAGCCAGCCCAACCUGAAAAGCACGUUAAAAUGUGUUACUCUAGCAAUAUAUUAUCAUAUUAAAAACAGGGACUCGGACAGAUCACUGGAUAUAUUUGAUGAGAAGAAGCAUCCUCUGUCUAGGGACCAAGUUCCUGAUGACUACUCACGCACAGACCCCGAACACAAACUCAUCUACCGAUUCGUCAGGACUCUGUUCAGCGCCGCUCAGCUCACCGCAGAGUGCGCCAUCGUCACACUGGUGUAUUUGGAACGGCUUCUGACGUAUGCAGAGUUGGACAUCUGCCCAUGUAACUGGAAGAGAAUUGUCCUGGGUGCCAUCUUACUGGCCUCUAAAGUCUGGGAUGAUCAGGCCGUGUGGAACGUAGACUACUGCCAGAUCCUCAAAGACAUCACUGUAGAAGACAUGAAUGAAAUGGAGAGGCACUUCCUGGAGCUUCUUCAGUUCAAUAUCAAUGUUCCGGCUAGUGUCUACGCCAAGUAUUACUUUGAUCUGCGCUCACUGGCAGAUGACAACAACCUGAGUUUCCCUCUGGAGCCUCUGAGCAACGAGCGCGCCCAGAAACUUGAGGCGAUCUCCAGACUGUGUGAGGAUAAGUACAAAGACCUGAGCAGAUCAGCUAUGAGGAGAUCCUUCAGCGCCGACAACCUGGUGGGCAUCCGCAGAUCCAACGCCGUGCUCUCCUAAGACCGCCUCGGCUCCGGUUCCCUCAAACCUAACUUCAAUCUGUCUCCUUCCUGUCCUCCGGUAGAGGUCUCACCGAGCCGUCUCCUGCAACAACCAAUGAUCUGUCUACAUAGAAACAAAAACUGACUCAAGACUUUUUUUUCUUUUUUUUUUUUGCUUACUAUGUAGGCUACUAGCUGUGAAAUUUGUCAGUUUUUAAUUGAAAUCAA